UAAGGACGAGGCAGCAGCUUGAUCCUGAAACUCCCCCGGACGCCAUUAAACCUUUGCGCGGCUUGCCUUGCUCUCUCUGCCUUAGCUUUUCCUCUAAGGCAGGGAGAUCAGAGAAACCUUCCCCGCCUCUCGAAAAGGGAAUUAUCGCGAAGAUAAAGAGAUAAAGGAGGAGGUGAAAAGAUGGCGUUCCAGGACUUCGAUCACUUGUCGGAGCGGCGACGGGCCGAGAGGCAGCAGAAGAUGAGGAAACGGAUCGCGAUCGCGGUGGUCUCGUCUCUCGCCCUCGCCGGGGUCGUGGCCGGCCUCGUCAUCGCCGUCGUGCAGAGGUCGGGCGGGGGCGGCAGCGCCGCCGGCGCGACCCCGGCCGAGCCGGUUAGUCAGAUUUCCCACUCCCAAAAGAUGAUAAAGAUGAUAUGCUCCUCGACGGAUUACCAGGAAACUUGCACGAACACCUUCGAAAAGGCCGUGAAGUCCAACGCGAACUUGACCCAGCCCAAGGACCUCCUCAAGGUGGCGAUCGGGGCCGCCUUCGACGAGGUCGAGGAGGCCUUCAACAAGACGAGGCAGUUCGAGUUCAAUACCCCGCAAGAGAAGGCCGCAUUUGAGGACUGCAAGCACCUGCUGGAGGAUGCCAUGGAAGAGCUGGGCUUCUCUGUGAACAACCUCGGCGACAGUAUAGGAAAGUUCUCCUCCAAGACCCCGGACUUGAACAAUUGGUUGAGCGCCGUGAUGUCCUACCAGCACGCGUGCGUGGAUGGGUUCCCCGACGGUAAACUGAAGACCGAAAUGCAGAAGACAAUGAAGAUCGCCGAGGAACUCACCAGCAAUUCCCUUGCCAUCAUCUCGGAGGUGUCGUCGUUCCUUUCCACGUUCCAAAUUCCAGGAGCUACGCGACACCUCCUUGAGAAGGAGGCGUCGGGGCUGGCAGCUGCGGAUGAGGAUGGGCUUCCCAGAUGGAUGAAUCAAGAGGAGAGGAGGAUGUUGAAGGGCAAUAAUGGUGCGAAAUUGACUCCGAAUGUUGUUGUGGCAAAGGACGGCAGCGGGAAAUUCAGGACUAUCUCUGAGGCAUUGGCGGCGAUGCCAGAGAAGCACACCGGAAGAUAUGUCAUCUACGUCAAAGAAGGAGUUUACGAUGAGUACAUCACCGUGACAAAAAAGAUGGUUAACGUGACCAUGUACGGGGAUGGGUCGCGGAAGACGAUUGUUACCGGCAACAAGAACUUUGUAGAUGGAGUCAGGACUUUCCAGACCGCGAGUUUCACUGCUCUUGGAGAGGGCUUUAUGGCCAAGGCUAUGGGGUUCAGGAACACGGCGGGCCCAGAGAAGCACCAGGCGGUGGCCAUCCGAGUCCAGUCAGACCGCGCCAUCUUCCUCAACUGUAGGUUCGAGGGGUACCAGGACACCCUGUACGUGCAGACCCACCGCCAGUUCUACCGCAGCUGCGUGAUUGCCGGCACAGUCGACUUCAUCUUUGGGGAUGCCACCGCCGUCUUCCAGAACUGCCUCAUCGUGGUGCGCAAGCCUCUAGACAACCAGCAGAACAUCGUCACGGCGCAAGGGCGUUACGACAGGCGUGAGACCACGGGGGUUGUCCUCCAGAACUGCCGCAUAACAGCCGACAAGAAACUCAUCCCCGUCAAGUCCAAGAUCCGGACCUACCUGGGCCGGCCCUGGAAGGAGUUCUCGAGGACCAUCAUCAUGGAGUCAACAAUCGGGGACUUCAUUGAUCCGGCAGGCUGGCUGCCAUGGGAGGGUGAGUUUGCGCUCAAGACCCUGUACUACACGGAGUUCAACAACAAGGGACCGGGCGCAAAGCUCGAGGCCCGAGUGAAGUGGCCCGGUUACAAGAGGAUCAAUAAGCAGGAUGCGGCCAAGUUCACUGUCGGGACUUUCCUUGAUGCGGAUUGGGUCAAGCAAGCCGGUGUCCCUAUUCACUUCGGCCUGUAUUACUGAGUCUCUCCGAGUAUCAGACCGAUGAGUGUGGAUUGUGCAGGGAAAGUGAUCACUGAAAUGGAUUCUUUUGCAGACGGAGGAAAACAAACUCAUACUUCAUUGGUAGAGACUCUACAAUGUGAAAAUCCUGGGCUUUUAUAUUA